GAAAAGGGGAGGGAGGGAGAGGUGGGCAGAGGAGGGAAGAGGCAGGGCAAGUCCCCACCCCUUGUUGGGGUGGGGGAGUAGAGGACUUCCUGACAAUCAGGACUAGGACUCCCCUACCCUCUCCCAAGACAGGGUGAGCCCAGUGUGGAAGGAGCUGGGUCCCAGGAGGUAGCAACCCAAAAUGCCUCUAAGACCUACUGAGAGAGGGCCCCCAACCUGUCCCACCUUGGCCUCCUGGCAGCUUUAGUCUUGUGUUUCCACCUUGAACCAGACCAGAACGUGUGUGUGCUGGGUGUCUGCAGAGAAGGGACCAGGGGUCAAGCUGGGGCUCUGCACUUCUCAGAGGGAGCCCUGAGAAGUCUCUCUUACUGUGCAGGAUGGGGCAGAAAGGGCUGCCUGGGAAAAGGUAGGAGGCAGGGUGAGGAGCUGGGCAUCAGUGCCUGGCACACACUAGGCACUCAACAGGAUUUCGCAGACGAAGCAGCUCGGGCCAGCCACCCUCACGGGCCCACAGGACCCUCACCGCCUUCGCGUCUCUCCCUAGUCCCCUGCCAAGUGUCCAUCCUGCCACCUGAGGCAGACGUUAGGAGUCCUGGUUGGGCCCAAUUUUCUUCCAUCCAACAGGUUCUGACCCUCCAGCCUACAUCUCUUCCUUCCUCGGCCUAACCUCCCCUCCACCUCCCAGACUAAGCCCAAGAUAAGCCUCAGCAAGAUGGGCCUGGGCAGUAGGGCAGGGAGCUGGGUGGGGGGGCCUGGGCUCCGGGUGGAGGAGCCCUGAGUGUUGGGGAUGAAGGAAAGCCUGGAGGCUCCACCUUCUGCCCUUCCCUCCCUCCUCUCCCCUCCCCCCUCUCCCCCUCCUUCCUUCCCCAGCCCUCCGCAGCGGCUCAGUCGCUCAGUCAGUCUCGGGCUGUCCGGCCAGGGUGGUUGGUGGUAAGGAUUCAGGCUCCGUCCUAACGAGGCCGUGGCCUGAGGCUCAGGGCCCCCCGCCCCUCCCUCCCAGCCCACCAGCGUCACCUCCCAGCCCCGAGCUGGACCGCACACCUUGGGACACGGUUUUCCACUUCCUAAGGACGAGCCCCAGACUGGAGGAGAGGUCCGAGGAGGUGGGCGUUGGACUCUUUGCGAGAACCCCGGCGGCUGGCCCGGGGGAGGCGGCCGAGGCGGCGGCGGCGGCGGCCGGGGGCGACAUGGCGGAGGAGCAGGACCUAUCGGAGGUGGAGCUGAGCCCCGUGGGCUCGGAGGAGCCCCGCUGCCUGUCCCCGGGGAGCGCGCCCUCGCUAGGGCCCGACGGCGGCGGCGGCGGCGGAUCGGGCCUGCGAGCCAGCCCGGGGCCAGGCGAGCUGGGCAAGGUCAAGAAGGAGCAGCAGGACGGCGAGGCGGACGAUGACAAGUUCCCCGUGUGCAUCCGCGAGGCCGUCAGCCAGGUGCUCAGCGGCUACGACUGGACGCUGGUGCCCAUGCCCGUGCGCGUCAACGGCGCCAGCAAGAGCAAGCCGCACGUCAAGCGGCCCAUGAACGCCUUCAUGGUGUGGGCGCAGGCAGCGCGCAGGAAGCUCGCGGACCAGUACCCGCACCUGCACAACGCUGAGCUCAGCAAGACGCUGGGCAAGCUCUGGAGGCUGCUGAACGAAAGUGACAAGCGCCCCUUCAUCGAGGAGGCUGAGCGGCUCCGUAUGCAGCACAAGAAAGACCACCCGGACUACAAGUACCAGCCCAGGCGGCGGAAGAACGGGAAGGCCGCCCAGGGCGAGGCGGAGUGCCCCGGUGGGGAGGCCGAGCAAGGUGGGACAGCUGCCAUCCAGGCCCACUACAAGAGCGCCCACUUGGACCACCGGCACCCAGGAGAGGGCUCCCCCAUGUCAGAUGGGAACCCCGAGCACCCCUCAGGCCAGAGCCAUGGCCCACCCACCCCUCCAACCACCCCGAAGACAGAGCUGCAGUCAGGCAAGGCAGACCCGAAGCGGGACGGGCGCUCCAUGGGGGAGGGCGGGAAGCCUCACAUCGACUUCGGCAACGUGGACAUUGGUGAGAUCAGCCACGAGGUAAUGUCCAACAUGGAGACCUUUGAUGUGGCUGAGUUGGACCAGUACCUGCCGCCCAAUGGGCACCCAGGCCACGUGGGCAGCUACUCAGCAGCCGGCUAUGGGCUGGGCAGCGCCCUGGCCGUGGCCAGUGGACACUCCGCCUGGAUCUCCAAGCCACCAGGCGUGGCUCUGCCCACGGUCUCACCACCUGGUGUGGAUGCCAAAGCCCAGGUGAAGACAGAGACCGCGGGGCCCCAGGGGCCCCCACACUACACCGACCAGCCAUCCACCUCACAGAUCGCCUACACCUCCCUCAGCCUGCCCCACUAUGGCUCAGCCUUCCCCUCCAUCUCCCGCCCCCAGUUUGACUACUCUGACCAUCAGCCCUCAGGACCCUAUUACGGCCACUCGGGCCAGGCCUCUGGCCUCUACUCGGCCUUCUCCUAUAUGGGGCCCUCGCAGCGGCCCCUCUACACGGCCAUCUCUGACCCCAGCCCCUCAGGGCCCCAGUCCCACAGCCCCACACACUGGGAGCAGCCAGUAUAUACGACGCUGUCCCGGCCCUAAAGGGGGCCCUGUCACCACCACCCCCCGCCCAGCCCCUGCCCCCAGCCUGUGUGCCCUGUUCCUUGCCCACCUCAGGCCUGGUGGUGGCAGUGGAGGAGGCUGAGGAGGCUGAAGAGGCUGACAGGUCGGGGGGCUUUCUGUCUGGCUCACUGCCCUGAUGACCCACCCACCCCAUCCAGGCUCCAGCAGCAAAGCCCCAGGAGAACAGGCUGGACAGAGGAGAAGGAGGUUGACUGUUGCACCCACACUGAAAGAUGAGGGGCUGCACCUUCCCCCAGGAAUGACCCUCUAUCCCAGGACCUGAGAAGGACCUGCUCACCCUCCUCGGGGAGGGGAAGCACCAGGGUUGGUGGCAUCGGAGGCCUUACCACUCCUAUGACUCCUGUUUUCUCUCUCACAGAUAGUGAGGGUCUGACAUGCCCAUGCCACCUAUGCCACAGCGCCUAAGGGCUAGGCCACCCAGAGACUGUGCCCGGAGCUGGCCAUGUCUCCCACUCAGGGGCUGAGAGUAGCUUUGAGGAGCCUCAUUGGGGAGUGGGGGGUUCGAGGGACUUAGUGGAGUUCUCAUCCCUUCAAUGCCCCCUCCCUUUCCGAAGGCAGGAAGGAGUUGGCACAGAGGCCCCCUGAUCCAAUUCUGUGCCAAUAACCUCAUUCUUUGUCUGAGAAACAGCCCCCAGUCCUCCUCCACUACAACCUCCAUGACCUUGAGACGCAUCCCAGGAGGUGACGAGGCAGGGGCUCCAGGAAAGGAAUCAGAGACAAUUCACAGAGCCUCCCUCCCUGGGCUCCUUGCCAGCUCCCUCUUCCCUUACUAGGCUCUAUGGCCCCUGCUCAGUCAGCCCCACUCCCUGGGCUUCCCAGAGAGUGACAGCUGCUCAGGCCCUAACCCUUGGCUCCAGGAGACACAGGGCCCAGCACCCAGGUUGCUGUCAGCAGGCUGAAGACACUAGAAUCCUGACCUGUACAUUCUGCCCUUGCCUCUUACCCCUUGCCUCCCAGUGGUAUUUGAAUAAAGUAUGUAGCUAUAUCUGCCCCUAUUUUCCUGUUCUGCAGCCCCCCAAAUCCACAUGUAACUCAUUACUGUCUCCUGUUAUUUAUCUCAGUAGUCCCCUCUCCUAGCCACUCUAGCCCCUAUUAACUCUGCAUUAAGCAUUCCACAUAAUAAAAUUAAAGGUUCCAGUUACCUGCUUGGUGAGCCUGA